AUGGCUUUCAGCCUCUGUCGUGUCUCUUCUUCGCCCUACGUUGCCCUGUUCACCUGGCUCUUGUUGCCGACGCCCUUUGCGCCAAUUCUCUCGCCAUGUAUAGGCUUUUCGGCGCUCCUUCUUAAGGAGGCGGCCUGGGGACGAGUGCAUGCUGAAAUUGCGUUCAGAAGCUUUACCAAUGCGCUGCUGACGAGCAUUGCCUUCUAUCAGUUAGAGUUGGUGCUUCCUCUGGGCAUGGCGCUGCUCUUCGAUGCCUUGGUCGGCGCUUUCGCGGCGGCGUACGCAGGUCUCGAGAUGUCUUCCGAAGACUUGGCCACGGCAGACGAUAGUGUCGGCACGUCACUGAACCUGCAG